AUGGCUAUGAAGAUGACUUUGCCAAGAUGUAUACAGCUAUUGAAAGAAAAAACAAAAGAACGAGAGAAAUACCGUGAAGUAGUGUAUGAGAGAAAAAUUGCGAAAGAGAGAAGCCAAGAUGACCACCUCUAUGCAGACAGGGACAAAUUUGUGACGAGUGCUUACAAAAAGAAACUUGAAGAGCAGAAAAAAUGGAUGGAGGAAGAAUGUUUGCGUGAACUUCGAGAGGCGCAGGAUGAUGUUACAAAGAAGAGUGACUUGAGUGAUUUUUACUUCAACAUUGGAAAAAAUUUUGCUUUUGGUGCAAAAGAUGCUGAGGUGAGGAGAUCAGAGAAGCAGGUUGAGUCAAAGAAGCCAGUGAAACUUGCCGAGUCAAGGGAGUUAGAGAAGCUUGAAUUAAAAGGCUCUGAUGAUACAUCAGAUGAAGGUCAGUCACCAAAUGCAUCAAAUGCACCUUUGAAGGUUUCAGUCAUGGAAGACAAGCAUCAAGGUGAAAGCUCCAUUCUGCCAAAGAAAAGCGUUGAAUCCUUAGAGAAAAAGCCAAUAACCAACACUUAA